CGUACGUACCCGAAGAGCCGCAUGUGGCUUGCGAGCCGCAGUUUGCCAACCCUGGUCUAGAAAUUCCACAGCCCUGCAACUGUGACGUGUUCCUGCAUCCAGCCUCCUUGUCAGUUCAUUCAUAGCCUGGCUCUGUUUCUUGGAGAAGGGAAGAGCUGAUCAGGAUUUGUUUGCUUUUAACCUAUACAGAUCCACGUGUUUUAGAGAAGCAAGAAUUACAGCAGCCAACCUAUGUUGCCCUCAGCUACAUUAAUAGAUUCAUGACAGACGCUGCCCGCCGAGAGCAGGAGUCCCUAAAGAAGAAGAUUCAGCCGAAGCUCUCUCUGACCUUGUCCAGCUCCGUGUCUCGUGGGAAUGUGUCCACUCCGCCACGCCACAGCAGUGGAAGCCUUACCCCACCCGUGACCCCGCCCAUCACCCCAUCCUCCUCGUUCCGAAGCAGCACUCCAACAGGCAGUGAGUAUGACGAGGAGGAGGUGGAUUAUGAAGAGUCGGACAGCGACGAGUCCUGGACCACAGAGAGCGCCAUCAGCUCCGAAGCCAUCCUCAGCUCCAUGUGCAUGAACGGAGGGGAGGAGAAGCCGUUUGCCUGCCCGGUUCCUGGAUGCAAAAAGAGAUACAAGAAUGUGAAUGGCAUCAAGUACCACGCUAAGAAUGGUCAUAGAACACAGAUUCGUGUCCGCAAACCAUUCAAAUGUCGCUGUGGUAAGAGUUACAAGACAGCUCAGGGCCUGCGGCAUCACACAAUCAAUUUCCAUCCCCCGGUGUCAGCUGAGAUUAUCAGGAAGAUGCAGCAAUAACAUGCUGGUCCUAACUGUGCCAAGAAAUCCUCACCAGCAGUUGCUGAUUUUGAAAACAGCCACCUUUUUUCAGGGGAAGCAUUCAGCAACCCUUUAAAGAAUUAAAUGCAUGCUUUAAAUUUUUUCUGUAAUUUUGGAAUGAUGUAUCUUUGUAGAGUUAAUGAUUUUGUACAUUUGCACAUGUAAUCAUCAUACCCAUUUUCAUUACUUUGAUAUAAGGUGCUAAACAAAAAAGCUCUAGGUUCUUCAGCACAUUUCCCCCAAAACAAAAGAUGACUGAGGGCAUGUUGCGUAUCGUUUCGUUGUUCCGCAGUGAUAGCAACUGGGGGGGAGGAGGGGCUGGCACUGAGGUUUUCUUUUCCCCAAGAUUGUAAUGUGAUUGAAGUUGUUUUUCAACACAUCGACUCACUAUGUUCAAAACCAAAAUAAUACCUUCAUUAUCAAACUGGUUACCAUGCCUUACAUAAUGGAGUUAGUAUUUGUGAGUAGAAAGACUUUAGGUCAUGGAAAUAUAAAUUAAGAAAGAAUGUUUAACAUAAUAUGCUAAAAUAUUUUCAUAUUUAAAUAACAUACAUAAAAGGUGUGCUUUCUGUUUUAUAUUAUCUUGCAAGUCCUUUGGCCCUUUAAAAAGCUGAAACUCUUGCCAUCUAACUUACCAAUUAUUUUAGUGUUACCAAUGGCAUUUUUGUACGAAAUAGUCUGUUCAGUUCACUCUUUAACAAGCAUCCACGAGUGCCUGCUGGGUACAAGGGGAUUGACUUAUGCCUAACAAUAUUUGCAGACCAAGAUACCAGUUUAGUGAACAACUUAUCCUUGAAAUCUGUUAGGAAACACUUUGAAAUACUUACGUACAAAUUUUUGUGUGUGAAAUUUAGUUCUAUCUUCAUCUUUAGGUGAAGUUUUAAAGCACUUUGUAGUUCUCUAUUGCCAACAGAUUUACUGUUUUAUGUGUUGCCAAUUCUUACAACCACUGCCCUAACAAACCUGUGGGUUGAAAAUAAGAAUUAAAAUUCCACGCACAGUUCAGAGAAACAUUUUUGUUAAAGCCCCUAUUGCCUCUUCUUCAUGCUCAUUGUGUUUUUCAAGUUUUUUUUAAAGGCCCUUUUCCUAUCACAUUGUAGACGUAUGUAUUCCCAUUGGAAAUGUCUGUUUAGCUUUAUAAAACAAUUUGCUGAAAUAUGAAAUUGAGCCUUAUUGACAAUUAAGUGCUUUCUUGCAACAGGUGGUCAAAGAAAGAAUGACGAAUAUAUGAUCCCUUAGAAUAACCUACGUCUGGACCAUUCCUGAAGUUUUUCUCACCAACAAUACCAUCAUGCCUUGAGUGUUCUUUUCUCCCAAGUGCUAUUCCUUAAUCAUAAGAGUUUACCAGUUGCCUAAUUAUGCAAUAAAAAUUGCUUUGAGAUGGCCAACUGCUCACAAAAUUGGUGAAAAGCAAACUCGCACGGCUUGUAACUUUCUUCCCAUAUCCCCAUUUGAUGCAAGUCUUACAGCUGGAAAGCAGGUGGCCCUCCUCGAUUUUUCAGACACUUUGAAAGAAAGACAAUUCUGUUAACCAAAUGGGUAAGCUUCUAUAUUCUUAAGUUGUGAACCCCUCAUAAUGAGGAGUUUUUAAGUAUUUAUAAAGACACUGCCCUCUAAAAAUGUCCUCAGCUCUCUUAAGAGUGGUCUUGGUCCUGAAUAUACAGUGUUAUCUUGUGUGUUUAAAAGGGUGAUCCAGACAUGAGAAGCAGCUAGUCAGUGCAUAAGGCCCUACUUGGCUACUUCGUAUCUACCUAUAAUUGACCAAAACGUUUUUAGGCCAGCAAUUAUUUAGCUUCGCUCCUUCUAGUGCAAGAAACUGCAGGCUGGAUCAGUAGUUCAACAGCUAAACAGUCAUAAAAUAGGCAUUGUGCAUGUUAACAUUUCUUUCAACUACAAAACAAAUUCCAAUUUCUAUUUGCUUAUUCAUUGUGACAGUAUUACUAAACCGGUAAGGAUGGGAAUAUUUUGUUAUACCGUGUAUAGUGAAUGUAUUGUACUGUGUCUGUGAAAACUGUGCUUUAAAUUAUAUUUUCAUAUGUUUUGUUGGGGACAGAGGACAUUAAGUUUGAAAGCAACAGAGGUUUUAGAACUGAAGGCAACUUAAUGAAUCCAAAUUCCUGUCAAGAAAAGCUGCUUAUAAAUGUAAAUGAAAUCACAUUUAAAAUAAACUGUCUCUGACCCAAAAUAAA